AUGGAGCUAUCAGCAUUCGCCAAGACUACGCGACAUCCAGUCUCUGUUCAUCUUGUUGUCCAGAUCUUCAAAACUGCCAUCCCCAUCGCCCACAACUGUACUGCCGACCGCACUCCGAUCGCCCGCCUCCCUCAGGCUCCAAAGGCUCCAAAGGCUCCAGAGCUGUUGUUCCUACCUGAGUUCACAGAACGGCUGUGUCCGCUCACGGCUUCACUUUAUGAUGGACGUCUGACAUCUCUCCUGGAAUCGUCAUUCUACGCGGAGUCUCUGCAGUGGCCUUUCGUCAUCAGGAGGAAGCCUACAAUUACGACUGGGGCGAGCCGGCCUGCCGUUCGAAGCAGCCAAACUGACGAUGGGAGAUGCGCCUCAUUUGACGCCCCGCCAGAUCUGGGCCAAUCCGACAACAAAGACAGCGCAAAGCUAUCCAAGUGGAUGCACGCCUUUUGCAUCAUUCGGGUCAAUAACUCGUACGCGCUGACCUUAACCGGUAACGCCGUAUACCAACCCGUCUGCACUGGUGACACGACCGACCACGUCCAUAUCUCUGCCGUCCUCGAUACCCUUGAUCCAUUCUAUUCUUCCGUCACACCUCAACUCUAUGCUAUUGGAUGUGCGACUGUCGUCAGCUAUGUUCUGGUGAUUAUACUCCUUAUUACGCCUCGAACCUUUUUCAUUGGCGGUCCCGGUGGAGGUGCCAAUUUCCUCGGACGUCAUGGCAUGAUUAGCGGUUCCUAUAGCGGCAACUCUUCUGUCGUCGGCGUUGGGGGACGUCCCUGGUUGCAAAAGGUUGCUGCGACGUUAGUCGCAAUCUCUUUGACCAUCGCGACGGUGGAUUCAUUUAAGGUCGCCCAGCGGCAGUACGAUUCGGGAUUCUCCGACGCCGAGGCGCUUUCGCAGGAGGUCAUCGACGGAACCGAAAUUCGCAUCUUUCGAGUCAUAUCCAGUACCUUCUUAUGGCUGGCGCAGGUCCAGACUCUCAUUCGACUAUUUCCGCGUCACAAAGAAAAAGUUAUGAUCAAGUGGGCUGGGUUCGCUCUCAUCGUACUAGAUACGACUUUCAGCUGCCUGGAGAACUUCAUGGUCCGAAAUACAUCGACCCAUCCGCGACUAUAUGAUGACGCAGUCCCCGCGCUCAGCUAUCUCUUCGAACUGGCCCUCAACCUCCUAUAUGCGGCGUGGGUUAUUUUCUAUUCGAUAUCGAAGCAUCGGUACGCAUUCUUUCACCCGAAAAUGCGCAACAUCUGCUUCGUGGCUCUCCUUUCACUUUGUGCAAUCUUGAUUCCUGUCAUAUUCUUCGUCCUGGAUAUUGCAAAACCUGAGAUCGCGGGAUGGGGUACCUAUAUCAGAUGGGUGGGCUCCGCUGCAGCCAGUGUGGUGGUGUGGGAGUGGGUGGAACGAAUAGAAGCCCUGGAGCGAGACGAAACAAAGGACGGAAUUCUGGGAAGAGAGGUCUUUGAUGGCGACGAGAUGCUCGAAGUGACGCCAUCGGAAGAGGUAGACUGGCCACGGUACUCAUCUCAAGACUCCGACAAAGGCGGUGGCGACGGCACCUCCUCGGGUUGGGGAGGCAUGAUUAGCUUGCCGGGACGUCCAUUGCGGACAAGAGUUGGCUUCGCCCGUGGCCAUCAGAACCGCGGCAACACUCGACACGGGCAGGGCAAAGCUACCAUGCCUCCACGUCGAAAUCCUCGUCCGACUCCCCCACCCGCUGCCAUAACACCCGUCAGUCGAACGGACACCACCAGUGCUGCCAGCACGGUCUACAACGUUCGAUAUCAUCCAGUCACAACACCGACACCUCCCGUGGGAAUGCCGGAUAUGUCGGAGGAGACCGAGCAGGAUGAGGAUCCCAAAGAAUUGGAGGUUGAGGGCGCUCAUCCCGACGCUGUUGCAGCUGAGCACGAUCCUGCAGAUUCAAACAACAGAGAGGAAUCACCUCAAGUCGUUGCCAGCGAUCCACGGUGGAGGAACUUGCUCAAUCCUUUCAAGAGGAGGCGUGGAUCACUUCCCAAGGAAGUGGCUUCGGCGCAAGCCGACGAUGCGCAAAUCAAUGAGUAUUACAACUCCGGCUUGUCUGACGAGGAGACCCGUGGAAAAAAUGAGCAAUCGCUUCAAAACAAGAGCGCUUUCUUCUCCCUACACCGGGGCCGUUUCCCAGGAGGCGGAUCGCAAAAUGCAGAUGCACCUCUGCCCGUUACUGUCAUUCCAGCUCGUCGUCGCGGCCAACCGCAUACUUGGUCACCCGAGAAUCGAAUAUGGGAAGAGCGCACAGGCUCCGAAUCUCGACCCAAUCGAGCCGAUCUACCUGUCCGUAUCAUCCCUUCGCAGCCUCAGGCUUCUGCCCCGUGGGAAAGUGCAGAUCUUGAGAACGGCGAUGGCGAUUACACCUUACGUUAUGAUCCGGACGCCGCUGCAUUGAUUGAUGAGGACGUUCACGGUGGGCAAGAUGAUCGGCAUCAUACGCCUGAAGUGGCAGCAAUUGCCUGGGCCGAGCCAACUGACUCGCCUCGACGGGAUCACUCUUGCACACACCAUGCAAGCUCUUCAUUCGACAAUACACCUAGGCCCGACACGUCUUGA